AUGGGCAACGUCCGCCUGCUGUUCUGGGGCGUGCUGCUGGGUCUGCUAUCCGCUCUGUACACUCGACUACCACACUACAUCCCCGCCUUGUCCGGCCGACUCCCCUUCCUCCCGACAGAACACCGCGACCUCCUCACCUCUCCCUCGGGCAAGUUGUGGGCGGAGACGCUGCAUCGGUACCAAGCGAGCGUACCUGUCUCGCCCAACCACGAGCAUUCGAAGCAGGCGGACUGGGAGGCAGAGUUGGAGAGGCAGUUGCGCUUUGGGAGCAAGGAGGGAGGGAGGGAACUCGAGAAGGAGUACAAGCGGCAGCUGAGGGAGGUUGAGCGUCGCGCGGAGCAUGCGGGCGCGGAGAACCUCGUCAGGGAGGUGCUGCCCGUCUACUUCGUCGAGCAUGGAGAAGAGGUCGAUGAGGGCGUGCUUGCGGCAGUCGGCGCCGAGAUCAACUCGCUGCAGCCGCAGACUAUCAUACUCCUCGCGCCUCACGACACCUCUGCCUCGCGCCUCCUCGUCUCCACCGCGUCUACCAUCUCCUCCGCCUACUCGCCCGUCCUCUCCUUUACCGGUUCCCCCCGAGUCGCCUCGCAACUUAUCCGCGCCUUCGCCCACACGCCCCCUCUCGGCGUCCCAGCAGCCGGCUCGACCCUGCCCACCCUCUCUCCCCGCUCCGCCCGCGUCCUAUCAGCAAUGCACCUCGAUCCCGAGGUCGAACUCGUACAGGUUCUCUUGCCCGUGAUGCUGGAGAAGGAAGCGAGGUGGGGAGCGGAGAAGUGGUGGGAUGCUGGCAGAGCGAUCCAUGAUUACUUGCAUGAGAAGGAGAAGGACUUGCAGCAGGUUGUUGGAGCGGGCAAGUACAAGAGGGAGUACAAGAACAUCGUCGUGAUUGCGCUGGGGUCCGCAGCGCCAAAGAACCCCUCCCCUUCUUUCCGCGCCCUCCUGUCCUCCGCCCUCGCACACCACACCUCGCACGCGCGCGAACUCUCCCUCCACUCGCUCUACUCCAGCUCGAGCGGCUCGAAGCCCCGCAAAGCCGUCCGAGGGGAGGCCGUCGGGUUGUAUACGGCUGUGGCGGCGGCGGGAGAAGGAGAGGGCGAGAUGCUCGGCAGGGGAGAGGUUUGGAGAUUGGGGCAUUUGCCGAUUCGAUAG